UUCUCUACACACCACAAGUCAAAAUACCCUGCACAGAGCCAUCGACCGAUCAAUCAAUAUGUAUGUGACCAGGCCUCUUUCUCUGUACAGAAAGUUCCCUGCCUCUCUGUCCACCCCCCCGGCCGACGUCGCCGGCCCCAAUUCAGGGUUUCUGGUGAUUCAGGAUGAGGAGUCGGAGACGACGCGUUGCUUUGGGCUGUGCAGGGAGAGUUACCUCCACGACCUGCCCUUUCCCCAAAACAAGAAGCUCACCGUUCGCUACUCCACCGGCGCCGGAGAAAACGAAAGCGUCAGCCGUAAUGAAGUUAUCCUCAUCCCGGUGCUUAACCAGCCCCUGUCAUCUAACCGGUACCAUGCUAUGGUACCCCACGGAAAGCAUAAAGGGGAAGCAUAUACAAAUUCUAAGGAGGAGGACAUGGGCAGCUGCUGUUUUUGUAGCUGCGUGAGAGAUGUUAAACCAAGACCAUUGGAUCCCAACAACACAUAUCAACAGGUAGAGAUUUCUCCUUAUGAUGCAGCCUGCAGCUCCAGGGGUCAGUUUCUUGGCAAAUCCGUAGCACCAGAUGGGUUUCCGCCAUACUUUUUGAGGAGGAAAGGCUGGCAAAUUUACACCUCGACGCCCCGCAAUUACGAGUUAGGUGAAGCACCAGGCGUCGACAGUACUCUCCGCGCUCGCCUUCCGGAAUUCAACUUCCCGUUAUCCUGCGAGAGGUCGGAAGCUGUGGUGGUGGGAAAGUGGUACUGCCCAUUCAUGUUUGUUAGAGAUGGAACACUGAGGAACCAGGUGGAAAGAUCUAUGUACUAUGAGAUGACACUAGAGCAAAAAUGGGAAAGGAUUUUUGAGAGUGAGAACAGUUAUGGUGGAAGUAGUACUUCUGUUGGUGUGAAUAUUGUUGUUCAGACAGAAGUGGUCUCAUUUGCUGGAAGCAAAGUCGUAGAAGUGAAUGCAGCAGAUGGGGUGGUGUGGUUUAGGAGUUCUCACAAUAUGGGAGGUCAAGAAGGGCAUGUGGGUUUGAGUUCAGCAAUUGUGGAGAAAAUGAAAUGGGAAGAAGAAAGGGCUGGGUGGGUUGGGGGAGCAAAUGGGCAAGUGAGGGUGGAGAGGGUGGAGGAGUUGGAAGGGAUGGGUGGGUGGAGAAGAUUUGGUUCAUAUGUGUUGGUUGAGAGUUUUGUGUUGAAAAGAAUGGAUGGAAGCUUGGUAUUGAGCUUUGGUUUCAAGCAUACUCACCAGAUUAAGAGCAAAUGGGAAUAAGAUAUUUUGUAUUCUAGGCCUUGGGAGUACUGUCAAAGGAUCCAAUUUAUGAUGUUUCCUAUGUAUAUAUAUGUGGCAAAUGUUGUAAAAUCGUUGACACGCAUGAAAUUCUACCUCCUAAUGCAAAUGAAGAAUGUUUGUACAAAACUCAUGAACAAUGUGCAAAGUCAUUGUACUAAGUAAACUAAAAUGUUCCUUCCUUUUUGGUGGAGAAGUUGUCAAGUGGUCUACUUAGAUGUUAAGCCUCACGAGCUAAGCUUGUUCAGGGCAUUAUGCUUGCCUGUGACCGCUUAUCUCGUGUGCUUAGGAUGAGUUUCUAUCAUGUAAACACUAGUGUAGGGUUAUUUUUUUCUAGUAUAGUCUUUGUAUGUCAAAUAAGGCAGUAUGACUUUUCGGUCAUUUUGAUGUUUUCUAGUGUUAGGAUAAUAAUUAUAUAAAUACCUCUUUAGGGGAGGGUGAGUGUUCAUCAGUCAUUGUAAAACUCACUAGCUUUUGUCAACAUGUUUAGUCUACUAGCCUCCUCGCUAAGCACACAAUGUCAAUGAAGGUGUUGUUAAUGAAUUACGUUUGCUUCAAUGUUUA